UCUCUGUCGCGCAUACUCAUUCAGUGGAAACCUUCUGUCAAGGGAGAUGGUAUUGUUAUCGCUGCGCACUUCAUUAUUUUUGUACAAUCAGAGCCAUUGAGGUGAAUUCUUGUCUUUUCCGCUCGGUUUCGUUUUGAUAAGUCGCCUUCUGCACCAGUGAGUGUAAAGGCUAGACUAUCGCGAGGACAUACGCUCUACACUCUUGAAUAAAUUAAAUUAUUAUCGUCAAAGUAUCUGUGAUUUAUUGUAGAAUAAACAUGAAGGCUGUAAUGCUUGCCGUCGUUUCGUUCCUGGCUGUCUUCGCCCCGGCUUUGGCCACCCAAUGCUCCGUGGCGCCAGUGAACGUGCCAAAGGAAUGGAUCACCAUCCACGGCACCUGCCGCUCGGCCAUGCGUCGUCAGAUCCAGAUGGAAGUUCGCGCUUCAUUGCAGUAUCUUGCCAUGGGAGCCCACUUCUCUAGAGAUGGGGUGAACAGGCCAGGCUUCGCCAAGCUGUUCUUCGACGCGGCCUCCGAGGAGCGUGAACACGCGCUCAAGCUGAUCGACUACCUGCUGAUGCGAGGAGAGCUCACCCAGGAUGUGUCCUCACUCAUCAAGAUCAGGGCCCCGGAAAGCAAGACCUGGGAGGCCGGCGUGGACGCCCUGGAGCAGGCGCUGAUGAUGGAGCACGAGGUGACCAAGAGCAUCCGCACCGUCAUCUCGGCCUGCGAGGAUGACCCCGAGUUCAACGACUACCACCUGGUCGACUACCUGACCGGCGAGUUCCUAGAGGAACAGUACAAGGGCCAGCGCGACCUGGCCGGCAAGGCCACCACGCUCAAGAAGAUGAUGGACCGCCACUCCGCCCUAGGAGAGUUCAUCUACGACAAGAAACUGCUCGGCAUGGACAUCUAAGCCUAAAUAGUGAUAGCCUUUAAAAAAAUAGUGGUAUUAUUUUAUGUUAAACUGCACAUUAAUACACCCUGAUCCUGACCCGUUGAUUCAUAUAAAAAAAAAACAAGAAAAAAGACUAAAAAAAAUAAUCUUG